AUGUGGGAGACGGAGGCGCGCAACAUCAGCAUCGAGUGCGCCUGGUCCAUCAUCAACCGCACUGAGGCGCGCGGGACGGAGCAGCUGCAGGAUGCUGACUACCUGUUCCGCUCCCUGCUGCCUGAACUGGCCGUGCCCGCGCUGAUCUGCCUGUUUGUGCUGCUGACCGUCUUCUCCCUCGCCGUGAACGCGCUCACCCUGUCCAGCAUCGGGCGCUCCGACGACCCGUCCUGGCAGCCGCGCUUCACCUUCUGCAGGAACCUGAUCCUGAGCGACCUGCUGCAGACCGUCACCUUCGGCCCCGCGGUCAUCCACUCCCUCAUCCAUCGCCGGACGAUGGUGUCCAGCUCCUGGUGUUACGUCCAGUACUUCGUGGGCUCGGCGAGCGUGUUCACCAGCCUGGUGACCAUCACCUGCAUGGCGCUGGAGCGGUACCUGUACGUGUGCUACGCCAUUUACUACGUGGUGAUCCUGACGGAGCGGCGCCUGUGGCAGAUCCUGGCGGCGGUGUGGGUCUACUCCAUCUCCAUCAGCGCCGUCAUGAUGAGCCUGCUGCUGCUGCUGGGCGCGGAGGACCGGGGCGGCUCGGCGGUCACCAUGGGGCUGCUGUGCGAGCCGGACGUGCUGGAGCAGCACAUGGGCUCCCCGCGCCCUCCCGCCAUCUUUCGUAAGUUUUUUGGCGCCUUCACGCUGCUGCUGUGCCUGCUGGUCCACGCGCUGUCCUACUUCAGGAUGUACAAGGACGCGCGCAACGCGGUCGUGCCGUUCAACGCCGUGAACGUGAAAGCGCGCCGGACGGUGGUGUUCUACUGCGGGAUGCUGUUCCUGCAGCUGCUGCCGCUGCUCAUCAAAGUCACCUCGGACGCGCUGUGGGAGUUCCGGGGCACCGGCGUGUUGGAGACCUCCCAGGCUCGAGGAGACUGCCCGCUGAAGCCGGCGCCCACGGCCACGGCGGCCGCGCUGCACGUGUCGCUGCUCAUCCUGCUCCUGGUGCCGCCGUGCAUCAACCCGCUGGUGUACGGGCUGCGGAACGCGGAGGUCCGGCAGGUGCUGUGCAAGCUGCUCCGGAGGAGACGGGACAGGGGCGCGCUCGUGCCGCCGCCGGUGGAGGAGGGGAUGGACGGAAACAUUUUACUGCAAAACAACAUUCAAGCGGGUUGA